GCAAUCAAGCUGAACGUCAACAAGCAGUCAAUUUCGUUUCAGUGGGUGGGCUGGGAAAUCGUCUUAAAAAUAUUGUAGUUUUUAUACUGUUUUGAUUCCAGCUGAACUGACUGAUAUAUUUAGAGUUGAAAUUCAUUUGUGAUUUCCAGUUUAUUAUUUCCAGUUUAGAAAUUUUUCCUGAAAUGAAAAUGUCUUAAAUAUUUGUAUUCGCAACAGGCUUAAUAAAAAAUUCACAAUGUCUUCUAGAAUGGAUUUAAUGGAUCUUGCUCGUCAUUUGAGGCAGGAGUCUUUAUUUGUCAAUUCAGAAAAACAAAAUUUGCAGAAUUUAAAUGAAAAAGUAAUGAAAGCCGCAGAAAACUUGUAUCAUUUGUCAUGGAUUGCUCGUCAACAAAGACAAAUUCUCGACAGUCUCCUUUUGUCACACACUGAUAUGAAUCUUUCAGCCUGCUACCAAAGAUCGAAUGGUGUAGAGGGCUCAAACUUUAUUGACUCCUAUAAGCAUCUGGGAAUAAAUGAUUGCAAUUAUUCAGAAUUCUUGCAGCAGCUUCGAGAGAAUCCCAAAAUCAUUGCAGCUUGUUUGUAUUACGGGGAGAAGAUUGAUAUCAACACAAUGCACAACGUUGUCAACAUAGUAAUGACCGCAAUCUAUGGCAAUUGUAUACUACCUGAAGAUGAAGUUCAUGCACUUACAUUGCUGAAAGAGCUUAUGUCGUUGCAGCUUGCUAUCAGUGACAAUCCAAGGAGAUUAUUAAGGCAUGGAUCUUGUGCCUUCAGCAGAGUUUACAAGAUUUUCAGUGAAUGCUUAUUCAGUGCAAAAAUAUUUCUAACUGCUGCUUUACAUGAACCUAUAAUGCACUUACUGAUGGCUGACGAUCUAUUUCUGGAUAUAGACCCUAGCAAAGCCGCUGUGAGAUUCCAUCCUCAAGAGCGCCUUCGCCAUUUUGGCAAAGAGGGCACCCCUGAGUAUGCUGCUUCUCUGCAACGCUAUCGCAACUGGACAAUCAGUAAACUAGUUAGCAUAGCCAAUCGCUUUAUUGAAGAGAUACGUAAUAAUCUUUAUUGCUUUCCUCAGAGCUUGUCUUGGUUGGCGCGGCAGAUGUAUAAUAUAGUAAUGAAGGCUAAGAGAGUGGAAGUGAGAGAAGUCGGGGCCAUGUGCGCAGAUCUUGUGUUUGCCUUUUUUAUCUGUCCAGCCAUUGUAGAUCCUGAGUCUUAUGGGAUUACAGAUAUUCCAAUAAGUUAUAUUGCCCGGUUUAAUCUCAUGCAGGUGGCUCAAAUUUUGCAAGUGUUGGCCAUGUCGAAAUGGGAAGAAAUUGAUCCUAAACUUAUGGAUUUAUAUGGAAAAUUUGAGAAGGAUUGCAUGUCAUCAUUGUUGGAUUUAAUAUUGGAAGGAAGCGCAACUGACUCGCCGGCUGACCUUGUUAAUCAGUUUCAAGAUUUAAACAGAUCAGCUGUUUUAAUAACUGAAUCUGAACUUCUUUCACUAGUUUCUUUUCUGAGAUCUGUUGAAGCAGAAUCAUCAGAUACCACUGUAAAAAAAACUCUGUAUGCGAUGAUUAAUCAUUUGCCCACUACUUCUCUGACUGCUACCUCUUUGCUAAAUGGAAAUGGGGGCCAUCUUACUCCUGGUACAAGUACAUCUGAUACACAUCCCCUAACCCCUUCAACUAAGCGCAGUUUUCUAGGAAAAGUUGGUCGUAAAAGCACUAAACUUGCCAACACUAUUAGUCAAGAAAACCAUGUGGAUGAAGCAAAUGGCCUCUCAGAAGUGGAUUCAGGCUUAAACUCGAAGAAUCAUCUGGAAGAUGUACUAGUUGUUCCUAUUCUAGGCCUUGAUUUUGAUUGUCCUGGAAUGCUGAAUGAAGAAAAGGAACUAGUGAUAAUCUAGAAGCUAUUUCUGAGGCAGCGUCAAAUCAUUCUGUUGCAUCUUCUUUAGAUUUAGAAAAUGAAAACGAAAAUGAUAAUCUCUCAGAUAUGGUCUCUGCAAAUGUCAGUGGAAGAGGUACUCCAAACGUGAGUGGUCGUGACACGCCAUCCUCUCAAUUGGAAGGGGAAGAAAGGGAACAGAGACCACUAGAUUUGAUGGCCUCAUCAAGAAAACAAAACCAAGAAGACAUUGAGGAUAAAUUUGGCAAAUUUGAAAUUCAGCCAAUGAAUGAAGGAGAUGAAACAAAGUCUAUGGUUAGUGACACUUGGAGUACUGAUGUCUUAGCGAGUGAUUCUGAAACAGUAGAACAAUCAGACAUGUCAUCACAGGUUACUUUAGAUUCACAGAGCUGUCUAGACAGAGGCUUGUUAGAUGCAUCAGAAACUGCUAGUCAAAGUGAUGCAUGGAGUGUUGAUGUACUUGCAUCUGAUACAGAAAGAUUACAGGAUUUAGAUACAGAUGAUACUGCGAGUGUAGCUCGAUCAGAUGAUACAGCACGUUCAGAAGUGGAUGGUGAGAUGGGAGCUGGUGUCGAUGAUGCUCGAUUGGACAGAAAAGAUAUUUUAGACUCUGAUGGCAUGAGAGAUCCAUUUCUGCCCGAUGCCUAUGGUAUUGUCGGAGGCAAUCAGAAUUUUAUUCCACCGCAUACAACCAAUUUUUCUGGUGAUAUAGCAAGUUUUCAGACCAAUUAUUCACAUUUUACAUCAAUGAAUGAAGAAUCAUCUGUGCUAUCUGAAAAAGGUGUAAGGCUGAGACAUAAAACAACACUUCAUGAAUCUAGUUUAGAUUCUUUUAAAUCACCCGAACUUUUGCAUAUGGAUUUGGAAAGUGACAGCAAUGUAUCUACUUUAGUUGAUGGUCAGUCUGCCCUAGACGAAAGCUUGAGUAGCAUGCAGAGUUUAGGUCGUGUUAGUUUGGCCGUUCGAGAACUGCCUGAUGCUAGUGAUCAAGACUCCGGCGUCAUGCUCUUGGACUCUUUACAAGAAACCGUAUCUUCACAGAAUUCACAACAAACGCACCGAUCGAGCAUAGUCGACAUCCUCUCAUUAGAUCUCACAAGAACUUUGAACCUUCCUGCAGCAGCUUGUCCUCCAGCCGAAUUCUUUUCAAACAGCAGCUCACCCAUGCAGUUCGAUAAAGAUACACCAACCAGCAAAACCCAGGUAGAGUGUUCCACCCCCAUAGAACCCAUUAAACCGGGCACUAUUCCCAGGAAUUCGGUUGGAGAAAGAGGUGCAAAGAGAAAAUUGCAAGAUUUUGGGCCAGAAGAGGUGUGCCCACAGUUCCGUGCUGUCUCAUUGUCAAACAAUGUGAAUAGUGAAGGAAGUUACCAUCAGAACGCUAGUGCCACCAGUGCCGAUCACUCUGAAGCGUUUAACUCUCGUCACAUGAAAGCAAUUUCAGUUCCUAUAUCUACUGGUGCUAUUUCUAAAUCUAUAAGUUUUCAUAAACAUACUGAAGAUAUGGAUUUAGAAAUGGAUGAUAAAUUUGGUGGCGACAAGCACCGUAAAAGCCUCUUUAAACUAUCUGGAUUCCGCUUUACCUUUAAAGGAAAGAAUCGAAAAUCCCACCCAUCUUACAGAGGCGAUACUGAGAAAGAUAAUAUGAAUGACCUUGAGGCAAGAUCUAGAGGCCAACCUCAGAGUUCCCUUGCUGAAAUAAGAGCUUUCCAACUAGAGGCUAGUGAUGAAAUUCUUGCCAAAUACCGCAAAAAAGCACCUUCUUCUGCAGCUUCUUCUUCAUUAAAAUCUUCAAACUCAGAAAUAUCAGAAACUAUGAGUAAUGCCUCUGAUAAUGUCUUAAUGGACAACAAUCUGCACAAUUUUGAUUCUGUAAAUAUGGAGAAUUCAAUCAUAUUUUCUGAUGCCAAGUGCAAACUAAGGCUUGUUCUGGGUUCUGCAGAUUUACAAACUCUUCCUUGGCUGAGCCAUUCCCGUGGUCGAUCAAUUUCUGGUGGAUUACAAAGAUUGCAGGAGAAUGAGCUGGUUGCAUUCCUGAAAGUUCUGCUUGCAGAAGCCAUAAAUUUGCAACAAAGACCUUUGAUGGCUCAUUUGCAUGAAGCUCUUAGAUGUGUUCGUCUCUUUGAUGAUAUUGGAUAUAUCAUUCUGAAUGUCCUUGGCCUUCUGCACAAGCUGAACUUGUCAAUAUAAAUGCUUACAAAACACCUAGAGAUAAAAUCCAGUGUGUAUUGCGUUGCUGUAACACGAUUAUGAAUCUCUUAAGUAUGGCUAGUAAUAAGUCUGUUCCUGCUGCUGAUGAUCUCAUGCCAGUACUUGUUUAUGUGCUCAUCAAAGCUAAUCCUCCUCACCUCCUCUCAACAGUACAGUACGUAAAUACUUUCUACGAGAAGCAGCUGGAAGGAGAAGAGGCCUAUUGGUGGACCCAGUUUGCAUCCGGUGUCGAAUUCAUUAAAAAUAUGGAUUAUUCUUAAAAGAGAGUGCAUGCAGAGAAGUUACAUUUACUCACAGUUUACAUGGAAACGACACAGUACUGCCAUCUGGUGGGAAAUGGUUCCGAUGUAAUGAUUUGUUAGUGAUGGCGUGAGUUAUGUGGUUGUGUUUUGUCUUGUUUGGUCACAUGUUGAAUUCUUAUCUAAAGAUAGCGGAAAAUAUGGAAGGAAAAUGUUUACUUAUUUUAUGGAUGUUUUUAAAAAAAAUUUAACCAAUUUUUUUUACUUAUGUUAUACCAUUGUUUAAAGAUUUUUAUUUUAAUAUAUACUAUAUUAGGAAAAAUGCACAUUAAAAUUGAAAGGUUUUCUGAAAAAAGGAAAUCGCAUCUCGUGUAUCGUUUUAUUUUAUUUUAAUUACUAUUUUAUAAACUAUUUACUCGCAUUAGUCAUAUAACACAACCAACUCCUUGAUAGACUACUACUUUUUUUUCAGCUCAAUGAAUUCUAAUUAUUUGAGAACUAAUAUACUUAAAGAAUUUAAGGAUCAGUUUUUCAGAGAAAAAUAUAUUCCUAUUUUAAUAAGCUAUUGCAUAGAUACCUACUAAAACUCAUUAUUGGAUAAAUGCCAAAACUGUUGCUCUAUGCUAAAUGCUUUAACAGUGUAAAUAUAAAAAAAUAUGAAGUUGGCGCUAUUUCUUUUUUGCAGAAAAUCCUUCAAUUUAUUGUUGUUGUUAUUUUUAAAGCUAAUAUACCUUCUUUUAUUACUUGAUGAAGGUUAUUUGAGGUCUUUACAAGUAUCUAAUUGAUUUUCUGUCUGUUUCACUUAUAUUGCUUUGCUUUAAAACGUCUUACAUAAAAACAAAGUAUUAAGCAGGGAUAUACUUAUAUUGCAUGAACUCCAAUGAAAUUUUUUGAAGGGAUAUGUGAUUUUUUUUCUAAUUCAGAGUCUUUUUUUUUUUUUUUUUUACUGGAAAAUAUUUAACAAAUUUUUUCAAUGCUGUAAAAAAAAAAUGACCAUGUCACAUAAUAUUAGAAUUUUUUUUUUUGUUUUGUUUUUGAAAUUUGUUUGAAAUAUUUUUAAUCUUAUCAGUACUGAUCAGAAUCAUAAUUCUCUCCCAGCUCUAGAGUAUCUCCUAUUUUGUGAGUAGUGUAAAGUAGUAUACAUAUAUAUUUAAUCAGUAUAGCUUGUGGAAAACUUAUUUAUUUAUAAUAUUUAUAGACGGUGAUUAUAAAUGAGAGAAUUAAAAAUUUACUUUUAUUUCUGUACAUUUUUAAAAUAUUUUGUUUAAUGAAGUAAAAGCAAUUAUAUUCUAUAAAAGUUUUAAACACAAAUCAAUAAACUUAAUUAAAGACUAUUUAUAAUGUUUUUAAAAAAAGGUGAAACAUAUAAUUCUUGAUGUAUAAUUUAAUAUUCAAUUUUUUUUGUUAUUAUUGUUUCACUGAGCAAUUUUUGUGUCUCAUUUCCUACAUAAAUUUCUUCUACUUUAAAUAACACGUUGGUUGUUAUUUUAUUAUUAUUAUUUUUUACUAACACUGUAGAUUAAUUAAUCUCAACAAAAAUAAAUUGUUUUUGUUGAGAAGUAUUUAGUCCCUAAGGUAUUAAAUUUAUUUUCUAUGUUAAAAAAUUCGAGAGCACUUAGAUAAAGAGGCAGAAGAUAAAAAGGUCCAGAAAAAAAUUUCUCAGCAAAAAUAAUUUAAAUAUUGUAAAAUUUGAAAAUAUUAAUGAUUAGAGCCCUGAUUUCAAUCAAGCAUUUCUUUCGUAAAAAUAAAUUUAGUUGUAUUAAAACAUGUAAAAUUGAGGGGCAAUUUUCAUUUUAUGAUGUAAUGUGAUAUAACCAUAUAUAAUUAUAAUGCUUAAAUCGUAUAAAAUAAUUGUUAAAAAUAUAAUUUGUAAAAAAAAAAUAAGAAACAAUUUGCAUUUCAGUCUUGCCAUCUAUGAAAUAAACACCUUAAUAAUUUUUAUUUGGAAAAUUUAAGCAACAAAACCCUUCCUUUAAUAGGUAGGAAAGUUAAUAAUAAUGAGAAAGAAAAAAAAAGCUUUCAUAUAUAUAUAAGUAAGGUUGUGCUUUGCUUGUAUUCUUCAAAAGUAUAUUUAAACAAUGGCUAUUUUGAAACUUAAUUUGAAUUUGUUUCAAAAAUGAGACUGAUAUUACUGCUUGUCUGUUCUUUUGCAUAUUUGAACAAUGUCUUUAGAAAAAUUGAAAUAUGUACAAAAAUGUGACUGAAAUUAUUCUUUGCCUGAACUCUUUAGACAUGUUUGUUCAUGUCUUGAAACAUUUUCAAUUAGAUCUUGAAACAUUGUCUGUUCAUUCUAAUACAAUUUGUUGUUUUUCAUAUGUAAUAUUUUCUUCCUGAUUUCUAAAACUCUCUUUUAUUUAUAAGUUUUGUAAAAAUUAUUAUAACUAUUUUUGUUUUUUUUCCCUCCAUUAUGGAGAGGUAUUUAAUUAUGCAUUGCAUAUUAUAAAUAUUAAUUUCCUUCAGGAUAUAUUUUAACAAGUUAAUCAAGUUUAAUCUAUAUUUUAUUCUAUUAUAUAUAAAAAAAAAUUUUAAUAAGCAUUUGUAAAUUUAAUUUUUCUAAUUUGUGUUGUCUAAACUUCUGUUUCAUUAUCUUUAUGGAGAAAUCUGUGAUAUUUAGAAAAAAAAGUAAGGUAACAUUUUUAAGUUUAUAAAUUAUAAUAUAAUUAUUACGAGUAAAUUUUGGUUUUUGUGUUGCUUAUAACUUCUAAAUGCAUCAGCAAGCAUCUCUGUUAUUUUGUGAGAUAAAAAUCUUUUUGAGAGAGAAUUCUAAAUGUAACUAUAAUUUGUUACCAAAUCGAAUAUUAGAUACCUUGUUUUUUCUAAAAAUCACAGAAAUGUAAUUUUGUUUGUUAUUUUUCUGUGAUAUAUACAAAAUAUAGAAGUACUGUGCUGUUGUAUUGAAGUAAUCAGAAAUUUUUGGUUUCAAUUGAAGGGCUAGAGGCAGUAAAAUAAUAGCCAGUGUCAACUUUUUACAUCAAACUGUUAUUUUAUAUUGUUUCCAGAUAAGCUCUUAGUAAAGAUUCUGGAAUUUCCACCAGUUAAUAGCACUAUACACCAGAACAUCCUAUUGCCUACUCUGAAAUCGUGGUUUUUUAUUACUAAUGCUCUCCUAAACAAUUGAAAGUGUGGCUUAUCAUUAUAUUUCCUCAGGCCUUUCAAUUACUAGUCCAAUUCACAUAAAAAGUUUUUAGAUAUUUUUAAGCAUGAUUUUAUUUUAAAUGUGUUAAAUAAAAUUGGUGUUUUUAUCUGAGCAGUUGAAGAACCGUUUUUAAUUAAAUACUAUGUUGUCGUUUUUAUAAAUUGAAUAUAAAAAAAAAUGUUUAAGAUUCAAAUAAGGUUUUUGAGGCCUUGCCGAUAUUGUAAAAAAUAUUUGAAAUUUAUUUUCAUAUUUAUUACUGCCUACCAAUUGCGUAAAACUUCAGUUUAAUUCUUGCAAACUAAACGUUAGCAUAUUUUUUUUAAACUUACGCUUAAGAAUUCUGUGAACUUCUAUGAAAAAUAAAUAUUUUUAAAAUGCAGAACAUUGAUUUUUUUGAUAUUAAUAUUUGCAAUAGCAUCUAGUGGUCAUACCAUUAUUCGCUGAUGGUAGUGAAAAUUAAUUGUAAAAAGUUGACUUUUUGAUUGAAAAGUGCUUUAGUAGCAUAUCCAAAAUAUCAUUCUUAGUCUUUCUUUUUAUAAAUAUUGUUUACUUUUUAUGAUUUAAAUAAUGUUCCUUUCCUUUUAAGAAAAAUAUGCAUAAUUAUACGUAUUUUUACUUCAUUUGAAGCAGCUUUAAGUGAACGUAUGCUUACAUUUUCAUUCUUUGUGGACUUCAGCAUAAAUGUAGAUAGCCUUGUCACUUAUUAUGUAAGCAUUUUUUUUUGUUUGUAAUUUUGGGCUCUCAUUACCUCUUAUCAGCAAUUUAUGUAAUUUUUUACUAAUUAUACUGAUUCUGUCAAAUUCUUAAUAGUUUUUUUUUCACAUAAUAAAAUUAAUUUAGUUUUUUAGGAGCUUUACUUUUACUCCUUUAAAUGCUUGUUAUAUUUUAACUUUAACGCACCUUUGACUAAUAACACACCUUUCCUUUGGCGGAGUUUUUUUUGUUGCCAGACUAGUUAACAUUCUAUAAAGUCACGAACUGGCACCCCUUUUUCCAGAAGCAAUUUUUUGUCACAUGUGAAGCAUGUCUGCCGUGUGGAGCUGUGUCAUUCUUUUUUUUUUCUUACAAUGCAGUCUAACCUCGAUUUAUCAUUCCUGCAUCUGUUUUUCUGUAAUUUUCGUCUUUUUUUUUUAAUGGUCCCCUCACAAAUGCUUUUCUUAUAAUCUUAAUAAUGCCCUUUUUGAAAGUAAUAUUCUUGCAUCUACCAUUUAGAAAUGAUACCAACUAUUUUUUGAGAAAAAAUAAUAUUGAAGCUAUUUUGUUAUGAAAAGAAAAACAAUAAUCCCUGAUACUGCUAUAGAAAAGAAACUAAGGCUAUUUUACAGUUUGGAGAAAACCCCUUAAACAACACUUUUGAUGUUUCUGCACGAUUUGAUAAAAAUGUGAUGAAACUUGUGUUGGUUUAAGAAAUAAUUUCAGAAUCUGAAGAAGUUAAGUCUAGUGCUUCUUAAUUAUUUUUCAAGUCAUUAUUUGAUAUCUUAUGUUGACCUGUAUUCCUCGUUUUCCCUUAUCUAUUGUUCUCAAUGAAUGGUCCCAAGAGAAGAAGCUAUAUUGUUUAUGUAGGCAGGAGAAAGUAGGUACCAGUGCAAUGAAAAGUCGUACCGAUAACCCUGGCUCUCAGGUGAUUAAGGCGAAGGUUCUAUGAACUUUUGUACAUAUCUCUAUAUGAACAUACAGCUAUGUACAAAGCUUUAUGUUCAAAUUUGCUUUUGUAGAUUAUUAAAUUAUUUAGCUCCUAUUACUGCAAUUUUUCUCUUGCCUGUUCCCAGACUAAGUAAACAAAAAAAAAUAAUAAUAAUUGUUCCCAAAGUGAGUAAAGUUAUCUGUGUAGUCCGGGACUAAGCGAAGGCACAUAAUAA